AUGCGAGCGAUAAGGGCAGCCAGCCAUUUCGUAUUCUCCCCGAUACAUCGUCAAGCUACUAGUACUAUAUUAGACAUGAACACCAUCGUCAAGUCCCUUCGUCAAUCGGCUACCAUCACAACGCGCUCAAGUGCUGUGUCUGUUGCGGCACGUGCACUGUCCACGUCAACAACGUCUCUGUUCAACGAACUCAAGGAGCAGAUCCCUGUGCGUAAAGAAGCGCUCGAGAAACUGAAGGCUGAGCACGGCCACAAGUCCCUUGGUGAAGUCACUGUAGACCAGACUUUGGGUGGCGCUCGCGGAAUUAAGUCACUCUUGUGGGAAACGUCACUUCUGGACGCCGAGGAAGGAAUUCGCUUCCGUGGUCACACCAUCCCGGAUCUCCAAAAGUGUCUGCCGGCCAAGGAAGAGGGCGGAGAGCCUUUACCGGAAGGCUUGCUAUGGUUACUUUUGACCGGCGAGGUGCCCACAGCAGACCAGGCUGCUAGUGUCACUGCUGAGCUGCACUCGCGUGCCAAGGUGCCCGAGCACGUGACCAAGCUUAUCCGUGACCUGAAACAUGCCCACCCCAUGACGCAGUUGUCUGCUGCAGUGACAGCAAUGAACACCGAAAGUGUCUUUGCAAAAAAGUAUGCUGAGGGUAUUCAUAAGUCGACAUACUGGGAAUACACAUACGAGGACAGCAUGAACCUUAUCGCCUGCUUGCCUGAGGUUGCCGCUCUUAUUUAUCGCAAUACGUACUUUGGCGAGUCCAACAACGCGUACGACUCGAGCCUCGACUACUCGGCCAAUUUUAACCGCAUGCUUGGCUUUGACAGUGCCGAGUUUGACGAGCUCAUGCGUUUGUACCUGGUGAUUCACAGUGACCACGAGGGUGGCAACGCCAGCGCACACACGACGCAUCUGGUGGGCUCAACGCUUUCGGAUCCGUAUCUCGCUCUGGCUGGUGGACUUAACGCUCUUGCUGGCCCGUUGCACGGUCUAGCCAACCAGGAGGUACUUGGCUGGAUCCUCAACUUGCAGGCCGAGUUCCGCUCGAAGGGCUUGGAAGUGAACAAAGAUACCAUCACGCAGUUUGCAUGGGACACGCUGAACGCUGGCAAGGUCAUCCCCGGAUACGGUCACGCCGUGUUGCGCAAGACGGAUCCGCGCUACACGUGCCAGCGCGAGUUUGGUCUCAAGUACAUGCCUGAUGACGAAUUGUUUCGUAUUGUGGAUACGAUCUACCAGGUUAUGCCGGGUGUUUUGACAGAGCAUGGCAAGACCAAGAACCCGUACCCGAACGUGGACUCGCACAGCGGUGUGCUGUUGCAAUACUAUGGUUUGACGCAAAAGAACUACUACACGGUGCUAUUUGGCGUGUCGCGUGCUAUUGGUGUGCUCUCGCAGCUCUUUUGGGACCGUGCACUGGGUCUGCCGCUAGAGCGUCCCAAGUCAGUGACCAGCGAAUGGAUCAACAACUACUUUGCGAACAAGAAGUAA